AUGAGUCGAAGCUCACGAAUAUUAGAAAAAAUUAGUCAGUAUAUCCAUGUUUUAAAAAUUGACGAAUCUCUUGCAUGUCUACAACUGAAACAACUCAAUUCACUCCGAAUAUUUUCAUAUCUUGACAAUGUCACAUAUUUAGAAUUAUCGGAAAUUAAUCAUAUAUCUGAUGAUCUUCUGGUUAUAUUUGACAAUUUUCCAUUACUAAAUUAUUUAAGUGUAGAAUUGGCUAGAUUAUGUGAUUUUAAAUGUCUGGCGCGGAACCGAUACUUUGUCGAUAAUGUUGCGUAUGACUAUAAAAGUUUACCAUUGAAACUACCAUAUUUAAAAGAUUUCUCUUUAUAUUGCUACCACCGAGCGAUCCGUUUCAGACAACUAGAACCAAUACUUAGUAAUAUGAUUUAUUUAACGAAAUUACGUUUUAUUUCUGUUUCAAGCUUGUUUGAAUUUGAACUAGCAUUAUUGUCAUCCUAUGGAACAAGAAUUAGUCAAAUGUUAUCAAAUAUUCCAGAUUUAGAGAAAUUAGAGUUUCAACUGGAAUUUCAAAUCAAUAAAUGGACGUGCUUCACCUCAUCAUACCGAUUACUAACAGAACAAUCGUUUAUAAAUAUCAACAAAUGGAACAUUGUGUUUAAUUUUGAUGAAGAACGAAAUCAUUAUUCUAUUUUUACUUUACCAGCGAUGUCAGACGCAUCAUAUCACUUUCAUUCACUCUCGCCAACUUUACUUUAUAAUCAUGAUUAUUCGAGUAUCAGAAAAAUAGGAAUCUUUGAAUCAUUCUCUCAGCCGAUAUUAUUCACUGAGCUGGCUAAAUUUCUAACAGAAAAUUUUUCAAAAUUAACAAGUCUUACAAUCUCAAAUCAAAUGAAUAAUGUUGGUAAAAGUGAAACUUCUUCUGAAAGUAAAUUAAGAUUAAAUCAUCUCAAAUAUUUGGAAAUUAAAGAAAAUAUAUCCUGUCUUGAUCAACUUCUAUUGCUUGCACCAAAUUUAACAAGUUUAGUAAUAAAUGAUAUUCAAUGUUUACAGAAUAUUCGUGUUAAGAAUAAUAUUAAAUAUUUAGGGUUAUCUGAUUGUAACCAUUUACCCAAAGUACGAACUACUUCUUUUCAAAAUAUACAAACUCUAGAAAUAGUAUUUAAAUCCGUUGAAUCGAUUAUAAGCUGGAUUAAUGAUAAAGAAAUAUCUAUGUUUUGUGAAAUGAUUAACAAUAUGACAAAUUUAGUUAGUCUUCGUAUUCUUAUAUCACCCGUAAAUGAAAACGUCGAUCAUAUUACAAAUAUUAUGUAUGAAACGCUGAAAAUUACAAAUAUGGCUGAUGAUGAAAGUGAAAAAAAUCCCAAAAAAAGACGUACUGUGUUGGAUACUACUCAAUCAUCAUCGAUCUCAAAACAGAUUAUGAUAAAAAAGCCACCCGAUGAAACAACUAACACAUAG